AUGUCCCUUGGUCAGAAGAGUCACCAUUGCACUGUUGAGCAAGUCCUUCAAGCCCAGAGGGAGUCCCAGGACCUGGCAGGGGCACAGGUGCCUAGUGUUGAGGAGGAGGUGGCCCUGAAGGCCUUGUCCCCCUCCUCAGGAAAUGCCACCUCCUCUGCUACUGCCCUGGUCCAUGGCUCCCUGGAGGAGGAGUCUGGUGUAAGGGUGCCCAGUGCACCCCAGAGCCUGCAGGGGGCCUGGUCCUCUUCCACUGCCAUCGUUGCCUUUCCAAUACCCAUCUCAGCUGAGGGGGCCAGCCACCAGGUAGAGGAACGGGCCAACGCCUCGCGUUCCUGGCAGAAAAAGCAGCUGGGCCAGAAGGUGCUUCAUUUGGUGAGGCUCCUGUUGUUUAAGUAUCAACGGAAGGAGCCCACCACGAAGACUGAAAUAACGGCCCUGGUCACUCACAAAUAUAGGGCCCAGUUCCCCGUGGUCUUCAGGAGGGCCGCAGAGAUCCUGCAGCUGGUCUUUGAGGUCGACGUGAGGGAAGUAGGCCCCAUCGGCCACACCUACGUCCUGGUCACCACACUGGACCACUCCCACCACAGGAUGCCAUCUGGUAGUGCUCUGAGCCUGCAGAAGUCCAGUAGCCUGAUCCUGGUCCUGGGAGUGAUCUUCCUGGAGGGCAGCUGUGCUCAUGAGGAGAAGGUCUGGAAUGUGCUGGGCAUGAUGGGCAUCUAUGUUGGGAGGGAGCACUUCAUCCACGGGGAGCCCCGCAGGCUCCUCACCAAACAUUGGGUGCAGGAGAAGUACCUGCAGUAUAGGCGGGCCCCCAACAGCUUUCCCGUCCAUGGGGAGUUUCUGAGGGGUCCAAGGGCCCACAUGGGAACCACCCAGAUGAAAGUCCUGGAGGUUGUGGCCAAGGUCAGUGGCACUGAGCCCAGCUCCUUCCCUUCCUCACUGCACUGA